AUGGGUGCAAGUUCAUCCAUACCAACGGACCCGAACCAAAGGGUGCAAGUUAUCGCAGCGGGGUAUGGGCGCACAGGCACCGUCUCCACGGCAUUGGCCUUGGAAAGAUUACUCAAGGGCCCAGUUCUUCACGGCGGCAGCCAGCUUCUAGUUCGAGACGAUAAAUACUGUAAAUUAUGGCUUGACGCAUAUAAAGCCAAGGAUGCGGGGGACAAGAAGAAGACUCUGAAGCUAGUCAAAGAAGCUACCGCCGGCUUCGUAGCAACCGCGGAUGUUCCGCCGGUCGAUUUUAUCCCCGAAUUGAUGGAAUUGUAUCCGGAGGCGAAAGUCGUGCUAGUCCGCCGAGAUCCGGAGAAAUGGUGGAAAAGCGUGGUAGCUCUUACAUCUAAGGCCACACCUUGGUGGCUCGAUGUCGCUAUGGCUCCCAUCCCGGGAUGGAGAUAUAUCCCAGCUUUUAUGAGAAGAUUUAGCAAAUCUUUCCUGGGACUUGCAGGCGUGUCCGACGAUAAAGCUAGUCCGGCCGAGUUAAUUGAACGAGGAGGCCCUUUUCUCCUUGUGGCUCAUAAUAGGAGAGUCCGGUCAGUUGUUCCGAAGCGCCAAUUGCUAGAAAUGGAGCUACGCGAAGGAUGGAAACCUUUGUGUCAAUUCUUGGGUGUACGUGUUCCCAAAGACCCAUUCCCAAGAGCGAACGACGCCAAGGCAGUCGAUGAGCAUGCGGCGAGAAUAUUUACGCGAGUCUUACAAGUCUGGGUCGGUAUUUUCUCCACGACAGCCGUUGUCGUUUACACGGGAUGGUGGUUAUGGAGGAAUAAACAGCAGUCCUUAAUCAGAGCUUGGAAAUCACUUAAGACGAUGGACGUAAGGAAGGCAUUUGGUAAUGUCUGGAAGUCAAUUCGGUUAAUUGAUCUCAGGAAAUCUUUUGGUCGUGUUUGGAAUUUCUUCAAACCGGCAAACAUCAAAAAGUCGCUAGGUGCUGUUCCGAAAGCCGUAUGGCCGGAAUCGAAGAAACCCGUUGUAGAGCAUUCUACUGGCUAUUCUAGCAUAUGGUUGGAGUAGAUAAAAGCAAAAGGGGGCCAUGAUAGAGGCAAUUAAAAAUCAUAUAAAGGCGGUUAUCAUGGUAACAGAUCUAGAUGGCCAUUAUAUAGGCAUCUUCCAAGAUAGAAUACAUUUACGUAGUAGGUAGCUACAGCUGCACGCGGGGAUAUCAAUACAUACAUGACUAGAAUUGGUUACUGCGGUGAGAUAGGCUAUGAGCGGUAUUGGAUUGUAAUCAUUUCUUGAGUUCAAUUCCUAGGCAUCGACGUUAUUUGUAGUUGCAUCAAAUCUGUGAAUGAACAUAUUUAUCAGAUCGAACGUUGCGUGAGUCAUCCGAGGAUCCC